GAAGUAUCGAUGCGGUUUGUUUAUUCUGUGAUCUGUGAAGCUGGAAAAAGCUCAUUCUGCAUCAUCUGCUUUCUUUUACGUUGUACGUUGUGGGUUCCGCUUCGCCGCUACGAUUUCGCAGAGUGUUUCUGUUUAGUGUUCGGUGUGUAUUGGUUAGAAAAUUUCAAAUUUCGUUGUGCAUUGUGCCGAAAAUUCGAGUCUUUACGCUUUCUAGUGCUUGGCUGAAUAGUAGCUGAAGUUAUAUUUUGUGUUGGUUUAGUGCGGAAUACUUGUUUUAUGGGCGUGAUAAUAUAUUUCCAUUCCGGAUAUCUUACUGGAGCAGUUUCAUCGUUCGAGCAUUCGUUGGACAAACAAACAUGUUGGUUGUUGUAAGCAACUAUGUAACGUAUAAUUGGAGUAUGUUUUUGAAACUGCGGUGGAGUAAUACGACCUUUGACUUAGAACAUGUAUCGCUAUCACACUUUACCGCCAUCGCCAGUAGAGGUAACAUGGAGCAAUGAGCUGAAAUAUGCGAAAAGACCGACAUCGACGACGACGUCCGUCACCUUGUCAGCGAGCCCGAAAAAGCUAAAAGCUGUACGGAUGCAGGGCUACCACCGGUGACCCACCCACCCACCCACCCACCCACCCGUAUACGUUAAAUACCUAGGAGGUACUCGUACUCGUACGAUUACGCAUAUUACGCAAUCACGCAUCAGUAUUAUCGAUGUUUCGAUAUCAAACUCGAUAAUGCUUGGCGAUCGAAUUACGCGUUUGGGAGAUUCGUUUUCUUAAACGAGCUCGUUUAGGAGCUUCGAGAUAAGCUAUCCGGCAGAACGGCGGUCUCAGCCAUCUCCGCCGCCUCAUCCCGGCAAUUCGCCGCGUCCAACAAGGCACGAGUACCCAGACCGAUGCAGCAUACGUUUUCACGAUCGACGAUGGACUCUAAUAAUUUACCAUCAUCGGCUUCGGCUUCGGCACCGCGCACCUUCGUCAACACUUUGGCACACGCGCAAUCCACUCCGGCCGGCGUCGACGGAAGCGGCACAUCUACGAGUACAUCCAAGACGCCUCCCGCCACGCCAAAGAAAUCUGGUAAAAUGCUCGGCGUGCGGGUACAAAUGUUGGACGACUCGAUUACCAUAUUUCAAGUUCAGGCUAAAGCAAUUGGAAGGUUAUUAUUUGAUCAAGUGUGUAAGCAGCUUAAUUUACUAGAAGCUGAUUAUUUCGGCCUUGAAUAUCAGGAUGCAACUACUAAGUACUGGCUGGAUUUCGAAAAACCGCUACACCGUCAAGUUGGACUCUCCUUAGUCGAUCCAUUGCUGAGGUUUUGCGUAAAAUUCUAUACGCCAGAUCCGGCACAAUUAGAAGAAGAAUACACCCGAUAUCUAUUCUGUCUGCAAAUAAAGAGAGAUUUGUUGCAAGGUGAUCUGCAGUGUAACGAUAACACGGCUGCUCUCAUAAUUUCAUAUAUAGUUCAAGCGGAAUGCGGCGACUUUACUCCGGAAGACUACCCGGAUCCAUCCUAUCUUUCUUAUCAUAAAUUCGUACCACAUCAAGAUAGAGAUCUGGAAAGAAAGAUCAUGGAAAAUCAUAAAAAGCACGUAGGUCAAUCACCAGCCGAAGCGGAUCUCAAUUUAUUAGAAACUGCCAGAAGAUGUGAGCUGUAUGGAAUGAUAAUGCAUCCUGCCAAAGACCAAGAAGGCGUACUAUUAAAUUUAGCCGUCGCUCAUAUGGGUAUAGUAGUGUUUCAAAAUGGCACAAAAAUUAACACGUUUUCUUGGGCGAAAAUUAGAAAAAUUAGUUUCAAAAGGAAGAAAUUCCUGAUAAAAUUGCACCCCGAAGGAUACGGUUAUUAUAAAGACGUCGUUGAAUUCAUAUUCGACAAUCGAAAUCAGUGUAAGAGUUUUUGGAAGAAAUGCGUAGAAAAUCACGGCUUUUUUCGGUGUUCGUACGUGAAACGUGUUCCCAGGCAAAAAGCAAGAGUUCUAAGUCGAGGAUCUAGUUUCAGAUAUAGCGGGAAAACGCAAAAACAGAUGGUUGCCUAUGUACGAGAAAAUUAUGUGAAAAGACAGACAUUCCAAAGGUCGCAAUCGUUCAGACAUCAGAGUUCAACUCAUUCAAGUGUGGUUAAUGUUGGAGCGAGUAUAUCGGCUCAUCCGUUGUUACCAUUAGGUGAAAACACCAUAGCGGGCUCGGGAGCGUCUCUCUCGUGCGGAUCGAUGACGCUGUCGGGUUCUCUGAGCCCGACAAUAGCCCCGGACGGUGGUCCACCGACAGCGCCGAUAGCAACAACAGCGGCGGCACCGGCGGCGGCGGCGGCGGCCGGUGCAUGUACAACGAGCAGCACGGCAGCGAGUACGCAGCAAUCACACCAGACGCCGGCCGACGUUCACGAGCCAGCGACCACAUCUUCGGACAUCACAUCCAUAGCUUCGCAGAGUCCGCCCCACCACCACGAUACAGUGGAUGAAGGUACGAAGACUGACGAUGUUCAUCUACACAAUGGAAACGGCAUAAAGAAGAGUUCAUCGUACGUGUCGAGUAAUGGAAUUUACAACGGUAAUCAAAUCGUCGUCGAAGUUGAAACAAACAUUCCUGUAUAUAAGACUAACGGAAUGAUACCCAAUUUGUAUGCUACGAAAUUCUUGAGUAAAGAUGAAAUCAGUAUCGAAUCGCCGAUGCCAGAAUUACGUAAUAUAUCUCGAAUUAGUCAUAAUAACGAAGAGAUGAAUACGGACACCAAAAAGAAAAGACCUUCUGAAAAGGCUUAUUUCAUUGCCAAAGAAUUGUUAUCGACCGAGAGAACGUACAGAAAAGAUUUAGAAGUUAUUAGCUUCUGGUUAAGAGACGAAUUUAACAAAGAAGACGACGACUUGCAGAAUUUCGAAGCGGUAGAUCAUCUGUUACUGAUCAUAGAUCCUAUAUACGAUGCACAUUGCGUGCUGCUUCGUGAAAUCGAAAUUCGAGUUUCUAAUUGGGACCCUCCUUAUGUCGGAGACAUUUUGUAUAACUUUUUUGAAAAUCUAAACUUGUACGAUAGGUAUUUGGAAGAGCACUCGAAAAUUCUGGAAGAAAUCAACGCGUUGUAUGCUUCGAAUACCAAAUUUGAAACAUUGUAUAGAGAAUUCGAAUCUCAGAAAAUUUGCUACUUACCUUUAACCGCUUUUAUCCUGAAACCUUUGCAAAGGCUGUUACAUUAUACUCAAAUAUUAGAUAAUUUAUUGAAAUAUUAUGGAAAGAAUCACGCUUAUUACGAAGAUUGUUAUCAAGCCAGGUUAAUAUUGCUGAAUACUGCUCGACGUAUACCGAACAUUCUCAGGAAAUCGGAGAAUUUAGCUCUAUUGUACGAGCUGAGUCGCGAUAUCAGCGGUAUCGACAGCGUUUACGUUCCUGAAAGAGAAUUCAUCAGACAAGGAUGUCUGUCCAAGUUUUCUCAACGAAAAGGAUACCAACAAAGGAUGUUCUUUUUGUUCUCAGAUUUACUCUUGUACUCUGCUCGAUCCGGUCACAUGUUCCGAGUCCAUGGUCAACUGCCGUUGAACAACGUUAUCAUAGAAGAGAGACCGGAUACGCCGCAACAACAUUCGUUUUCCAUUUACGGAGGCAACCGAGUCGUAACGGUGGCUGCGAGCAGCGAAGAAGAAAAAGAUAAAUGGCUGGAAGAUCUUACCAACGCUAUUCAAAAAUGUAAAAUUAUCGAUAACCAUACGAACGACGUUGAUAAUGAUUCGUUGUAUUAUUACAGCUUGAAAUCGUGCAACUCGUCGGAGGAUAUUGCUGAAAAAUACGAAGAUAUGAAUAAAGCGCUCGCUAUCGCUAGCCAACGUAGCAAUAAAACCGUCUACGUGUGCUGGCAUCGUAAUACGAGUAUCAGCAUAGAUGAUCAUUUGAGAGCGGUUGAAAAUCAGCUAAGCGGUUUUCUACUGAGGAAGUUUAAAAAUAGCAACGGCUGGCAAAAGUUAUGGGUCGUGUUUACCAAUUUCUGUUUGUUUUUCUAUAAAUCAUCUCAAGAAGACUGCCCUUUGGCUGGAUUACCAUUAUUGGGUUAUACGAUCACGACACCGACCGAGAAAGACGGUAUACAGAAGAAUUACGCGUUCAAAUUGCAAUUUAAGAAUCAUAUUUAUUUCUUCAGAGCCGAGAGCGAGUAUACUUUUAACAGAUGGAUGAAAGUAAUCGGUAAUGCUACGCAACAUUCCGGUCGACAUCGACUGUUCAGUCGUAAAGAAAGCGCUCAUUUGGACAUCAAUUUCAAUUGAAGUGGUUCAUAUUGAAUUUGGACUCUCAUUGGUUUCUGUUGAACGGAUUUGUUUUCUCUUUUCCCUUCUUCGUACAAGUUAUUUAAAAUUACUCGUAUUUUAUCCCCCUGUAAUGGUCGCGUAUGGGUUUCAAUUAUAAAUGAUUAUCCAUUACGAAAGUCUAUCUAUAAUAGUUUCGUAAAUUUUGCAUUUUGCAUUUUAAUUGAAAAAAUAAUUUUUUAAACGAAGGAUCACAGGUGUUUACCUUAUCGAGAAAAAUGAUUUACGAGUAGGUAUGUUUGGAACGAGGCCAUCAAGUAUUUCUCGACUUGGGUAAUCAUUGGAGACUUCGAAAUAAUUGUGUUCGUAUUUGAUUAGGGAAAUUUUGUACGUAUAUAAUACUUUUUAUCUUUAGCAGAUUAUUUUUAAUACGAUUUUGUACGUUACAUAUUUUUGUUAAUUUAUUGCCAUGUUUUUAUUUGAGAGAAAAAAAACCUAAUAUCAAUUAAUUUACUAUUAGUGAUUGUAAAUGUGAAGACUCUUUUUUUCUGGCGCGUUUUACAAGACGCGUUGUAUUUUUAAUAUUAAAUAUCGUUGAAAGUUG